AUGAAAACUAAAGAUCGUAAACAGAAUGAUUCCUCCGCCUUUACGCACCAUCUUGCGCAUCUUUCAGCUCAAACUCAGCAAUACCAAUCACCCGGCUUUCUUCAAAGGCAGCACCUUCAACUUCGGGAAGACUUGCCUCAACAUCCCCACGUGACGGUCACUUGCAAACUCUUCUACACUGUUGUCUUGCGCCGCCCUGACGAGGCUUUUGCCUCACUUGGGGCCAGACUAUUGCCGCCAAUAUAUCCCAGGCAGAUUCUGUCUCGUCAGCAGAGGUAUCGGAUUGAGGCACUUAGUAACCAGACCAAGCCUCGUGUACCAGGAUAUUUGGCAGCUGAUCGAGGUAUCCUUGAGAGAAAAGUCUCCUUGGACGGCCUUACCCAGUCGUUUGGUCUGGAUAAAGCAGAUAAAAGUCUACAUAAUGUUCAUGGAACCAGACAAAUAGAUGGUAAUUGGCUCAAGAGACUCAAACACCCAAUUAUCUGUCAUGCAUAA